CUCGGCUCCAGGGGUAUGCAAGAGAACACAGAAUCAUGGAAAGGACUUUGUGACCCUACAGAACUCCAGGCAAACGGUUACCCAAUCUCUUCUUUUGAAACCUCCAGUGAUGAAAUAUAUACUUUUCUCGGGUUUAGGUCAAAAGGGGCAGCCAUAAAAAAAAAGGGUCGUAAGUCCACGGCCAAAGCUGCUGUGAGUAAUACCACAACGCCCACACAACCAUCAAAUAAGGAGAAACUCCAUGCCCACGAACUAUUCAGCGGCUGCUUUAUAAAUCCUGGAAGGCUUCUCCUUCCUCAAUUCACAUCUCUCUCUGAGCUCCUGAAGACUCCUCCCAUCGGAUCUCCCAGUCAAGGUUCCUUGAAGUCCUCCAGGAUGAACUUCCAGAAUCCGCAGUGCAAUCCAAACUCCUUUUUCCCCCCACCUCAGCAGUGGUAUGCCCCACCUCAGCAGUGGUGCGCCCCACCUCAGCCAUCGGGGGUCCCACCUCAGCCGUCAGGCGCCCCCCCUCAGCAGUGGUGCACCCCACCUCAGCAGUGGUGCGCCCCACCUCUGCAGUGGUGUGCCCCACCUCAGCAGUGGUGCGCCCCACCUCAGCAGUGGUGCGCCCCACCUCAGAGGUCAGGCGCCCCACCUCAGAGGUCAGGCGCCCCACCUCAGCCAUCCAGCGUCCCUCCUCCGCCAUCUGGCGUCCCUCCUCAGCCGUCGGGUGUGCCACCUCAGCCGUCAGGCGCCCCACCUCAGCAGUGGUGUGCCCCACCUCAGCCGUCAGGCGCCCCACCUCAGCAGUGGUGCGCCCCACCUCAACAGUGGUGUGCCACACAUCAGCAGUGGUGCACCCCACCUCAACAGUGGUGCGCCACACAUCAGCAGUGGUGCGCCACACAUCAGCAGUGGUGCACCCCACCUCAGACGUCCGGCGCCCCACCUCAGACGUCCGGCACCCCACCGCAGACAUCCGGUGCCCCACCGCAGACAUCCGGCGCCCCACCGCAGACAUCCGGCGCCCCACCGCAGACAUCCGGCGCCCCACCUCAGACGUCCGGCGCCCCACCUCAGAGGUCAGGCACUACACCUCAGCCGUCAGGUGCCCCUCCUCAGCCAUCUGGAGUCUCUCCUCAGGCGUCGGCUGCCACACCUCAGCUGUUGGGCGCCCCUCUUCAGCCAUCUGGCGCCCCACCUCAGACGUCGGGCAUCCCUCCUCAGCCAUCAGCCGUCCCUCCUCAGCCAUCGGGUACCACGCCUCCACCAUCGGGCACCACGCCUCAGACGUCGGGCGCCACUCCUCAGACGUCGGGCGCCACGCCUCAGACAUCGGGCGCCACUCCUCAGACGUCGGGCGCCACGCCUCAGACAUCGGGCGCCACGCCUCAGCAGUUGGGUGCCACGCCUCAGCGGUCGGGCACCAAGCAGUGAUAUCCCAGGGAGCAGGUUUAAAAUCCAAGAUGCUGUUAAAGAAGCUG